CAAGUCCAAAUGAAAACACAAAGUAUCAACCAAUCAAGGAAAACCAACUAUGGAAGACAUCUUGUUCUGCACAUCCCUCACCCUUAUCUUCAUCCUAUUAACCUUCAAGUUCUUGGUCCAACCAAAUCGACGUCGUUGCGAAAACCUUCCACCAAGCCCACCUUCACUUCCAAUCCUUGGCCAUCUCCACCUCCUAAGACCCCCAGUCCACCGAACCUUCCACCGCCUCUCCCAAAAAUAUGGCCCCGUUUUCUCACUCUGGUUCGGCUCACGCCGCGUGGUCAUAGUCUCCUCCCCGUCCGCAGUCGAAAAAUGCUUCACCAAAAACGACAUCGUUUUAGCCAACCGUCCUCGCUUGCUCAUGGGCAAGCACGUACUCUACAACAACACCACCAUGGCAGGGUCUCCAUAUGGUGACCACUGGCGUAACCUCCGCCGCAUCGGCGUCACCGAGAUAUUCUCCACCGCCCGACUCCAGACAUUCUCCGGGAUCAGAAAGGACGAAGUCAAACACUUACUACUUAAACUCUCACAAAACGCACGUGACGGUUUUGCGAAGGUGGAGCUCAAGUCCAUGUUCAAUGAGCUCACCUUUAACAUCAUAAUGACGAUGGUGGCGGGGAAGAGGUACUACGGCGACGACGUGUCGGUCGACAAAGAAGAGGCCAAGCAGUUCAGGCAGAUUAUGAGCGAUGCGUUCCUUUAUGGGAGCGCAGCGAACCCAGCUGAUUUUUUGCCUAUUUUGAAUUGGGUUGGGAGAGGUGGUUAUGAGAAGAAGGUGAAGACGUUGGGUAAGAGGACAGAUGCAUUCUUGCAGGGUCUGAUUGAUGAGCACAGAAGGAAGGGUAAAAAUGGUACUACAAUGAUUGACCAUCUUCUUUCCCUGCAAGAGUCGCAGCCUGAAUAUUACAACGACCAAAUCAUCAAGGGCCUUAUUCUGGUCUUGCUAUUGGCGGGCACUGAUACAUCAGCAGUGACACUGGAAUGGGCAUUGUCUAAUCUACUUAACAAUCCGCACGUGUUAAAAAAGGCUAAAGCUGAGCUCGAUGUUCAACUUGGCCAAGAAAACUUAGUGGAUGAACCAGAUCUCUCCAAACUACCCUACCUACAAAGUAUCAUCUCAGAGACCCUUCGUUUAUGUCCGGCAGCUCCGUUGCUUGUCCCACAUCUUUCGUCCGAGGAUUGUAUUAUUGGAGGAUUCGAUGUGCCACGUGACACAAUGGUAUUGAUCAAUGCAUGGGCUCUGCAUAGAGAUCCUGGACUGUGGGAUGAUCCAGAAAGCUUCAUGCCUGAGAGGUUUGAAAGUGGUGAUAAUUUUUCCCACAAACUCCUGCCGUUUGGACUUGGAAGAAGGUCUUGCCCUGGGGUAGGCUUAGCGCAACGUGUAGUGGGCUUGACUUUGGGGUCAUUGAUUCAGUGCUUCGAGUGGGAGAGAGUGAGUGAGAAGGAAAUUGACAUGACUGAAGAUAAAGGACUCACCAUGCCUAAAGCUGUUCCAUUAGAGGCCAUGUGUAAAUCGCGCUUGAUUGCGAGGAAGGUUCUAUCUUAAUGUAUGAAUAUAAUAAUAGUUAUAAUUGUUGUGUUAUCAAAAUAAUUGGAACAGAGAUUUUAUGUCUUCCAAUAAAUUCAUUUAACAAGGUGGCAUGUAUUUGGUAUUCUUGAAAUAAUGAUCCGUUUUGGGUUCAA